AUGAACUACGGAAGUAAUACACUAUUUGAGUCUGAAUGGGCUGCCUUUGCAUUACCAGCAAGCUUGGACCGUCCUCCACCUCGAUUUGACUUUGCUGACUUUGAAACACGUCGGCUCCAUGCGAGUCUUGACGCGCUAGACGUGCUUGGACCUGUACUGGCUAGUAACGCAGCUGUCAUGUUGUUUACUGAUCCGACUGAGUGUGCACCUACUACUAGCUCUUGCAUGGCUACGCUACAAGAUAGAACUACCUUUCAUGAUACGGACAAUAGUACAUCGUCUUCUUCUCAAGCACAUAAAUGCCAUUUGAAGAAGCGGUCACGCAGACAAGUUCAUGAGCUCCAAGCCAUGGUCAAUGUUAUGCAAGCACAAGUAAAUGGCGCUGCCGCUGAGACGCAACAGCUUGCGCAACUUGUAGAACAAUUUACUCAACAACGAGCACAGGAAAGAAGACGUGCAGCUGAGGAACAUCAACCGUUGUUUGAAGAACAUGAGAUGGACAUGGACCUUGGAACUCAGCAGCGACGCCUCCAGGCGCAAGUGAAGCAGGAACGUGAACAAUUCGUGUGCGAGCAACAGCUGCAACAACAACACCAACAACAACAGCAGCAGCAGUGGCACCAAGAGUGCUCUGGGAGCCAGUUGUCCCCUUCGCCAAUUAAGUUUUAA